AUGCAGAAGAAACUGAAGAGGAUACCCGACGCCUCAAGCCAUGUGAGGCACUCGCAUAAUAGUGCUGCCGAGCCGCCAGCAUGGAGAGGUCAUCGCCAGAGAUUCGCAUCAGAUUCGCCAGAGUACGUUGCGAUGGACAGUUUCAAGCAACAUCAGUCGUCUGAUUGA